UUGUUAGUUACACACGUUUGCAUUUGAUGCGCUGACGCCAAGAAAGUGCAAAGUGAAUAUUAAAUUUCAUUUCCAAACAGGCGAGAUCCAGGUAAAAAAUAUUCAACUCAGUUGGUCUCCGUUAUCUGUGACGAGUAUUUUAGACGGAAAGUUUUUAAAAUUGCGAAAAUGUCAAUUUCCAAUGUUGCGAGCGGUAGUAGAUCGUCUAUCCUUAUUGGGGCUGGUUUGGGCGUAACUUUAAUAGCAGGUGGCUUGUCUUAUUUAUACUAUAAAUACUUAAAGCGAGAUGUUAUGCCUCUAAAAUGGCGCAGAAUUGGCACUUUGGACCAGAUCAACAUAUUUCCGGUGAAAUCAUGCGGGCCAUUACAAUUGACCGACCAAGACCAAGUGUUUUGUGAAGUCUUGGGACUUUGCUACGGCGGAGUACGUGAUCGUGCACUCAUGUUGAUCAAUGAUAAGAAUGAAAUGAUAACGGCUCGUAUUUACCCAAAAAUGGUGCUGAUACGUAUUUCCGUUGUAGGAGAUGCUAAGUUGUGUGUUAAUUUUGACGGCAUGGAACCAUUAGAAAUAGACUUUAGCAAAAUGGUUGAAGAUGCUCCAGGCAGGGAUGUUCAUACGUCUGUUUGGGGGACCAAAAUAGAUGCAAUGCUAUGCGGGGAAAAAUAUGACCAUUGGUUUUCCCGCUGCAUCUUGCAGAAAGAUUCGGGUUUACGAUUGGUUUACUAUCCAUAUCCAAAACCAGUUAGAUCCACAAACGCUCGAAUGAUGAAGGAACCAUUUAUUAAACAGGAAGACUCGGGUACUUUCGGCGAUGCUACCAGUUACAUGCUAAUGAAUUUGGCUUCGGUUGAUGAUUUAAAGCAUAAAAUGAACAAGCCUGUUGAUCCUCUACAGUUUAGGGGCAAUUUCCACUUGCGCAUGGACAAAGAUGAACCCUACGCCGAAGAUAAGUGGCAAUGGAUUCGCAUUGGGGAAGAUGCUGUUUUCAGAGUCGUAGCACCAUGUACACGAUGUAUAUUCCCUAAUAUAAAUGUAACAACUGGAGAACGUGAUCCCAAUGGCGAUCCACUAAAAACAUUAAAAAGCUAUCGCAUGUUCAAAAAUUACGCCAGCCCAGCUCUUGGCGUUCACUUGGGACUACGUCGAGGAGGUGUAAUAACCAACAACGACGUGAUAUAUGUUGAAGAUAACACGCCUUAAAGCAUUUAUUAUUCCAGUUGACUUCCAUUUACAAACCCCUUUAUUAUUUUUCCAAUAAAACAUAAAAUAUUAAAAUUUGAAUGUAA